GCAUCGCAACGCGUAGACGCAUCGCGUUCUUUGUGUCAUGUUCAUAUAUCCGUUAAAACCCUAAACUUUGGAUUAUAAACGGAAAUAUAUAUAUAUCAGUAUAAAAAUCAAUAAAUAUGAAGAACACAAUUUUGAAAUGGGUAUAUUCUUUUACAACGGCUUACUGGAAAUGAAGGGAGACGCUAUAUUUAUAUGUUUUGAAUGACUCAUCGAAAUGGCUCACACAGAUAUAAUUGCGGCGCAGACUUCGAGCACGGUAUCCGAUCAAGAUCUUGGAACAACAUCAGAGAGUGGACCAAAGCAGGUACUGUCCAGUAUAUAUCCGCCACAUGGAAUACACAUACACCCGAGAAGCGCAACUACAAUGGCCUUGGAGCAAUACAGACUGCAGCUCUAUAACUAUGCCUUGAAUAUCGAACGCUUUAGGUGUCCCCAGUACGUGACCGGAGGGACUAAUGGUGUGAGUGCUUCAUGGGUACAGCUUACCCCCUACGGACAGAGCUCCAACGCUGGAUCUGGUUCAAGUUCUGUUAAUAAUCCAGCAAUUAAUAGAAUGUCAGCAUUAUCGACAACUUUCUCGCUUUUUCCACAAACUCAACAUCGUAUUUUUCAACCGGAAGAGCCCAAGCCCCAGCAUAGUUAUAUAGGACUGAUAGCCAUGGCUAUUUUGAGUUCAACCGACAUUAAACUGGUCUUGUCCGAUAUUUAUCAAUAUAUUCUGGACAAUUAUCCAUAUUUUCGAAGUCGUGGACCUGGCUGGCGUAAUUCCAUUCGCCAUAAUCUCUCACUUAAUGAUUGCUUUAUAAAAUCUGGGAGGAGUGCCAAUGGGAAGGGACAUUAUUGGGCCAUACAUCCCGCUAAUAUGGAUGAUUUCCGGAAGGGUGAUUUCCGGCGUCGCAAGGCCCAGCGAAAGGUGAGAAAGCAUAUGGGCUUAUCGGUGGAUGAUGCUAGCACGGGAUCACCAAGUCCACCGCCGUUAGAUCUAACCACACCGCCGCCAGUCUCUGGAAGCUCCUCCUUAGGACUGGGUUAUCCUCCAUACCAUCAUCAUCAGCAGUAUAUAGGACAGUUUUUUAAUCGAAAUUCGACCGUGGUUCCAAGUUGUGCGCCAGCAUAUCAUUCGGAUCCCUCGCUACGACAGCAGUCGUUUCUCAACCUACAAGAACCCGCAAUUCCUUUGACUCCCCAGCAUCAGCAUAUUGCAUUCAUCAACUCCACAACGACAACGACAAUAGCCAAUAUGUUUUCCCAAACCCGAAAGCGUCAGUUCGAUGUGGCCUCUCUAUUAGCCCCCGAUAUUGUUUCUUCUGAAGAUCAGGAACAGUUGGAGGAGUCGGAGCAUCAUCAUACAGUGAUCACAAAACAGACGAUACAUCGUGAAGUUGUUGUGGGAUUAGAACAGCAAACUGUUAACACCGACACCACCGAUCCCGAUGUGGAUGUCGAAGUGGUAGAUGAGGGAAUCGAUCACGAUCCCGAUUUGGACCAGGAGCCCUAUUCAGAACAGAAAAAAACAAAAAGAGAAGCAACCAUGAAGGAAACGUUUUCCGAUAACAUCUCAUACCUCAGUGAUGAUCCCGAUCAAGAUCCUGAACACAACUAUUCAGCCAGAUCGUUGGGCGACAGCAGUAGUAGCCAGCAUGAGGAGUCAAGUUCUUUGGAGGAAUGUCCUGUCAUAGACCCCGUACUUCCUAUACCAAACCCCGCCGCAUACAUAGAACUUAACCAGGUCGAUCCUCAUAUACUAAGUCGAUAUUACGGUACAUAUAUGGCUGCAGCGGCGCGACGAGCAGGUUUGGAGGCGUCCAAGUCAGUAAGGCCUUCACCCAAACUCGAAAUAGUCUCGCAAAAGUAACAAAAACAAACGACUAUGUGUGCUUUUAAAUAACAGAAGUAAACCCUAUAAUUUUUAAACUAAAAGAAAAACAGAAUCCCCAAAAAAAUUAGUAAUUUCAAACCGAAAACUAAAAGAUAAAUCCCGGAUAAUAAACGUUAUUGAAUCCCAAAAAAAAUAGAUAAUUCGAAAUGACGAAAAUGAAGUUCCGUAACGUAGCGUAUUUGAGAAUUCGUUGUCAAAUUAACAUAUGCAUACACAUACAAACAGAUUUGACUCAUGUUGUUUCAGGUAUCAAUAUUUUCUGCCAUCCCGAUUUCCGACUCAAUAGCAUUUAGUCUCCGGGCAGAGAAAAUAUUUAAUUACUCAAUACUAUAUACCAUACAUACAAAGAGUACUAUUAUCUCUGAGCCUUGUGCUUAAAACUGAUGAUCCGAAACCCACCCUGGAAUACGAAUAAUACGUACUUAAAUAAAAUAUUUAUUAAUAUUAUAACAAAUAAGUAAUAAGUCAUAGUAGUGUUCUCUCCAUAUGUAGACUUAUGAAUAGUUUUUAAUGACCAUAAAAGAAAUGUUAAAUUAUUGUUAAAUUAUAUUAAACAUUAUUAUGAAUUCCAUAUGUACAAUACAAAUAAGAAACAAUUGUAAAUGUGUCACUCUAAUCUCAAUAAAAAUUAAAUUUAAAAUGUA